AUGCGUUUCUACUGUCCCGGAGAUGAUAUCUACUUUUUCGGAUUUUCGCGUGGUGCUUACGUCGCCCGAUUCCUGGCAGAGAUGCUCGACCACGUGGGACUUCUGUCUCAUGGGAAUGAAGAAAUGGUUGCGUUUGCAUGGAAGGCUUUUUCGCGUUGGCAAAGCCGUCAGGCAGACAACUCAGUGGAAGGGACAGCCAAGAAGAAGGAAAUGUUCAAGUUCAUGAAAGGCUUUCGGGAGACUUUUAGUAGGCCCGUCAAGCGAAUCCGAUUCCUGGGUCUCUUCGACUGUGUCAACUCUGUACCACGGUUUGAAACAGCCUGGAUGCAGAGAUCAAAGUUCCCUUACACAGCAAGGAGCACUGCCAAGGUGAUACGGCAUUGCGUUUCUAUCGACGAGCGGAGGGCGAAAUUCCGCCAGGACCUGAUCUAUCAAGGCAACGGCAAAGAUAGAAGAAGUCGCAGUCACCACAGGCUUCACGACGUCAUUGAUGAGAAGUACAGAGUUCGCAGAGCUGCCGUUUCGGGCCCUUCGCAAAUGAAUGGUCAACCUCGCGGUCGCCAGGGGACAUUAGCACCUCCUGACGCUCAGAAUGUCUUUCGACCCCGAUCGAGGUCUAGGUCCAGGACUCCUAGAGGGUCAAUUGACGUUGCAUCAAUGACAUCGAACGCCGAUUUUGGAUAUGACGCGGAUUCAGAUGAUGAAGGCCAAGACAUUGAUGAGAUAUGGUUCGCUGGAGGACAUGGUGAUGUUGGAGGCGGUUGGGAAUACAUCGAAGGCAGCAAAUCAGCGAGCCACGUUCCUCUGACCUAUAUGAUCAGAGAAGCAGAGAAAGCAGGCCUCAAUUUCGACGCUGAGAAGGUUGCGGAGAUGGGAUGCGCGGAUUCAACCAGGGACUUCGAUACACCUCUUGAGGGUAUCAGCAAGUCAAACCUGGCUCGAGGUGUGCCUGAUAUCCAGAUCAAUGCCUCGAGCCCGAACCCUGGAACCUCCCCCGAGCUGAAACUUGAAACGACAGACUGGAGUCACUUCAACAACCACGUGAGCCACCAAGAGAAAGGCCACGGAACUAAUCCAUUCCAUCAGAUGCUUCACAGAGCCCAUGUGGCACGAAUUCAUGAUUCACUGGACUAUUCCUCGGGGCUUGGAUGGGGACAAGUUUUAUCCUGGAAGCUCAUGGAAUAUAUGCCGUUCCGACGCAUGGAUCUCCAGCCAGAUGGGUCUUGGAAGCCGAUCAGAUGGCCUUUGCCAUGCGGCGAAGUCCGAGAUAUUCCACAUACCGCUCGGAUCCAUGGGUCCGUCAUCAGGAGAAUGCAGCAAGACGAGAAGUACCGACCUGGAAACCUGAUUGUCGGCGGUGGCGGGCGUGGCACCCGCCGGGCACCAAAGGAGUGCGGAAUCGGAGAAUGGGAAUGUGUUCUCGAGGAAGGGAACCCCGUUGGUGAGGUUUGGGUCAAGAAAACACCGUCGCCGAUGGAAUCGUAA